UGAACGGAAUUCGAGGAAUGCGUACCUGCUUCGAAAAAGCAAAAAAAAAAAAAGUGCCCGCGUCAGUAAUAUUAAUAAUAAUAAUAAUAAUGAUAUCGUUACCGCCAAUACGGCUGAUAAAAGUGCUGAUCGUGCUGUUGCUACGAUGCAAGUUGCAGUUAGCAUUGCCACAGCUGGAACUGCAACCGGAGCCACAGGUGGAACUGGAUGUGAUGAGCUGCCCCGUGAGCUGUGUUUGCCAAUAUGCCCCCUUCAAUGAGCUGCCCAUAGCACGCUGGGUGAAUCACAUGACCAGCGAGGAGGGUGCAGAUUCCUAUACAGAAUAUCUAAUGCCCAACCACAUCAAGCUGGCCACCUGUCUGCUGCAGGAGCAGGGCGAGACGCAGGCGCUGCUCAAUGCCCUGCCCAUUGAUCUGCAGGCACUGAUCCUUCUACAUACGGGCAGCUCAGCCAGUCAACUGACGGUGAAUACGAGCAGUCUGCAUCCACUCACUCAGCUGAGCACGUUAGAGGUGCGGGGCACCGGGUCCACAAUGCUGAUCAUCGAUGAGCCGCUGGAGCUGCUGCAGCAUGCCAACUUUGAGCAGGUGAUUCUGCAGGCGAGCGAUCGGCUGCAGCGUCCGACGCACUCCAAGUUGCCCAGCGAUGAUUACGAGUACAAGCCGCCCAGUGAACUGGAUGGCAUCAAUGAGGCGACACCCAGAUACAAACUGCAAUUCGAGACGGAUACGGCCAUUGAGAUUGUGAGCUAUGAGCAGCAUGUGGAGCUGCUGAAGCAGUCGCGCAUGCCCAGCUUCUGUGGCUGGGGCCAGCUGGAGGUGUUGCGCAUCCACAACUGUCAGCUGAGCGAGCUGCACUGGCAAAUGUUUGACGGCCUAACCCAAUUGCAUCAUCUCAGCCUGGAGCGCAAUAACAUCGCGGAACUUCAGCCAUUCGCCUUCACUGGGGCACUACAUCUGAGGAGUCUGUCGCUGGCGCAUAAUGCGAUCGGUCGCUUGUAUUAUUUGGGCCUGGCCGGUCUUCUCGAGCUGGAGACACUCAAUCUGGCCGACAACCGCUUGGAGCUGUUGAGUGAGCUAAGUUUUCCGCCACUGCCGCGCCUGGAGAAGGCUGAUUUAAGACAGAAUCCCAUCAUGUAUAUAUAUCCGGGCACGUUUUGGGUAAUGAACAAUACACGCGAACUGCACCUGGGCACUGAGUCGGUGGCACUCGAGCUGCGCACCUAUAACAACUAUGGCCAGUUUGAUUCACUGCAAAAGCUGCGCCUCCUGAGCAUCAGCAAUGUCACAACGCCCAGUUUGGAGCAGGGUGUCUUCAAGGGUCUACAUUCGCUGGAGCAACUGAAUCUGAGCGGCAGCAUUGAGUCUGUACAGCUGGAUGCAUUUAGUGGCAUGCAGCAGCUGCGUGAGCUAGAUUUGAGCCACUGCGGCAUUGCGGAGCUCUCGAUGGAUGCGCUGCUGGGAGUCAAGCGCCUGGAGCAGCUCAAUUUGGCGCACAACAAUCUGAGACAUGUGCCGAGCGGUCUGCUCGAUGAUCAGCAGCAGGUGGAAAUGGUUCAGCUGCAAGGCAAUCAGCUGAGCACCCUGCCAACCAGUUUCUUUCGGCUGCCUCGUUUGCGAGUUGCCCGCCUCAAUCAGAAUCCGUGGCAAUGCAGCUGCGACAUGGCCAACUGGCUGCCCCGGCUAACCAAUGCGGUGCGCGGUCCGAGCGUCGAGCGUUGCGUCCACGACAUCAACGGGGAGCCGGCGCUCUGCCGGCAUGUUUUUAGCUACGAGCUGGACAAGAAUCUGGUGCCGCGUUGCGCCAACUACAAUGGACGCAGCGUUUACUAUGUGCUGCGCAGACAGCUCUACUGCGACGCCCCCCUCAUCUUGGCGGGCAGCACACGAGGCCUGCCGCAUUGGCGCAAGUUGCAACUGAAGAUGCAGCAACAGCAGCAGCAGCGUGGCAACAAUAAAGGUAGCAACUCAAAGAAACGGCAACGAAAGCAUAAAGCUCGCCUAGCGCAACGCAAUCGUUUGAGCUUGCUGCGGAGACAGCAGCAACAGGAACAGAUGCAGCAGGAGCUUGAUGCAUCCUUGCCACAAUCUAACGACAUCAUGGAAAUGUCCAAUGAGAUUUAACAACAACAACAAAAAGAAAAACAUGCAACAAGCAACACUCGCACAUAGUUUAGCCAUAAGUUUCACAUAAUUAAUAAUUAAUUAUGAAUGUUUAAUGCGAACUAACCUAAUUAGACAUAUUGAAAUAAAUCAUUAAGCACACUUGGA